UAUUACAAAGAGUGCACGUAACAAUAUGUAGAACGAUUGAGUAUCCGUUAGAUUUUUUAUUAGCCUUAGAUUAUAAAAAAGCGCGUUCAAACAAACUAUUAAGACAAAGAUGUGGAAUAUAGGUUGUAAAGAAUCUGAUUGUUUGUGGUCUAUAAUAAUUCUGAUAAGUUUUCAUUUAGUUAAUCUCACGUGCGGCGACAAAACCAUAGGUGCGAUUUGCGAUGACGGAACUUUCUUAUACGAAGCAGCAAUUAAAGUUGCAGUCGCUUCAAUAACAGAAGAAGAGGAGAGUCCAUUGAUAGCAAAUGUAAUACGAACAUCUCCCGGCGAUUUAUUGGAAACGGAAGAUGCCGUUUGCUCGUUACUCGAGAAGAAUGUUUAUGGAAUAUUUGGGCCGACGAAAAAAGACUCGAUCCUCCAUGUUCAAUCGAUCACAGAUAAUCUAGAAAUACCUCAAGUUAUAAACCAAGCAAUGGAGACACAGAACCGUAAUUGGUCAGCAGUCAAUCUGUAUCCACAUCACAUCAGCUAUUCACAGCUUUUCACAGAUCUGAUAGAAAUGAAGGAUUGGAAAGAAUUUACUAUAGUUUACGAGGGCAGCGAACUUUUACCAUUUUUGGAAAAUAUUUUCACUAUGCAGGACUUAAACAAAAGACAGAAGAUUUUGAUGAACGUCGUUCAAUUACCCGAUGGAGACGAUUUCAGGUCUCAGCUGAAAGCAAUAAAAAAAUCUGGAUCGGUUAAUUUCGUUUUAGAUUGCACUCUCGAAAAUUUAUCAACGUUUUUAGAACAAGCACAGCAAGUCGGCAUAAUGUCUGAUCAACACAGCUAUCUCAUAAUGAAUCCCGAUUUCCAAACAAUCGAUGUCGAUCCAUUUAAGCAUGGAGGUUCGAAUAUAACAGGUAUACGCUUCUUUGAUCCUAAUCUAGAUUCCAUUCAGAAGUUCAUUUCAGAUAUAAACGAGAAAGUAGUCGAAUUAUCCGAAGGCCAGUUAGAAAAAGCUGUUACAGAAAAUGGUUUGACUUUUGACUUGGCUUUAAUGUAUGAUGCCGUUACUAUUUAUGGGUCAGCAUUAAACGCACUAGGACUCGAAGAAGGUGCAAAUAUAACAUGUGAUCAAGACGACGGCUGGGAGUUUGGUUCUAGCAUAAUUAAUUAUAUACGAACUAUGGAAAUUGAUGGAAUGACGGGAAUAAUAAAAUUCGAUGACGAAGGUUUUCGUUCAUAUUUUGAAGUUGAUGUAUUAGAAAUUAUGCCUCACGGCUUAGAAAAGGUUGGAUCGUGGAAUAUUGAAGAUGGUUUGAUACAGGACAGAAAUUUUAUAGCUCCAGCUGAACCAGAAAGUUCUGAGACGAUGAAAGGAAAGCAUUUCAUUAUUUUAACUGCUUUGAGUGCGCCCUAUGGAAUGCUCAAGGAAUCAUCAAAAAGACUCGAAGGGAACGAACGAUACGAAGGAUUUGGUAUCGAAUUAAUAGAGGAACUAGCCAAAAUGAACGAAUUCAAUUAUACCUUCGAGCUACAAACUGACGGUGUUUAUGGAUCUUUCGAUACAACCACGAAACAGUGGAAUGGAAUGAUGAAGAAAAUAAUGGACGGUAUUGUAGACUUCGGCAUAACUGAUUUAACGAUAACUUCAACACGACAGAAAGCAGUCGACUUUACAAGUCCGUUUAUGACGUUAGGAAUAACAAUAUUAUACAAAAAACCCACCAAAGAACCACCAGAUUUGUUCUCAUUUAUUUCGCCGCUAUCACCAGGAGUUUGGAGCUGGCUAGCGGGAGCUUAUAUUGGAGUAUCAGUUCUGUUAUUCGCAUUGGGACGAAUGGCCCCCGAAGAGUGGCAGAAUCCGUACCCGUGUAUCGAAGAACCUGAGACCUUGGACAAUCAAUUCACAUUAGCCAAUUCCUUUUGGUUUACUCUAGGAAGUGUUCUCACACAAGGAUCUGAGAUAGCUCCAAUAGCCGUUUCAACUCGAAUGGCCGGUAGUAUGUGGUGGUUCUUCACUUUGAUUAUGGUGUCGUCCUAUACAGCCAACCUUGCCGCUUUCCUAACUAUAGAAUCAAAGUUUUAUGCUAUAAAAAGCGUGCAAGAUUUAGCCAACAAUCCCUACGGUAUAACGUAUGGAGCAAAAAAGAAUGGAGCAACAUUUAGCUUUUUCAUGGAAUCCGACAAUUUAUUGUAUCAGAAAAUGUACCAUUACAUGGACGAACAUCCUGAAUAUCAAACUGCAACGAAUGACCAAGGACUUGAAAGAGUAAAAUCCGAAAAUGAAAAUUACGCUUUUCUCAUGGAGUCCACAUCAAUUGAGUAUAUGGUUGAAAGGAAUUGCGACGUUGCUCAAGUCGGCGGCCUACUGGAUAACAAAGGAUACGGCAUUGCCAUGAAAAAAAACUCACCUUACCGACAACCGAUGAGUGAAUCUAUAUUACAGCUACAGGAAGAUGGUACUUUGACUAAAUUAAAAGAUAAGUGGUGGAAAGAAAAAAGAGGCGGUGGUGCUUGUGAGGAUGACGAUACCGCUGGCGGUGAAGCCCAACCGUUGGUGUUAGCAAACGUCGGUGGUGUUUUCAUAGUUCUAGUGGUUGGCUCAGCAAUGGCGGCUGUAUGUGCAUUUUUCGAGAUGUUAUUGGAUGUUUGGAUGAUUUGUCGGAGACAUAAAUUGCCGUUCCUAGAUGAGUUGAAAGCGGAGUUGAGAUUUAUUCUGAGUUUUAGUGGAGACACGAAGCCGGUACGUCACCGUGAAUUGUCAGGUAGUGGAUCACGAAGCACCAAAAACGACGAGGAAGAUAAGAAUUGUGAAUUGGAAUCUUUGGAUGAUGGAAAUAAAUUGGAUCCGGCACCAACACCGAGAUCUGAAAGGUCCACGCAUUCACACCACACAAUACAUAGUAGGAGAACUAGCAAUGCAGUUCAAAUGGCUAAAAUGAGAAAAUAUAGUAUUAGAAGUGGUAUAUAAUAUAAU